CCGAGUCUUCGCAUCCUUCCACAGCUGCAAUGGCUCCACCCCCAAUAGUCCGAACACAGCACGCUUCUCGGCUACUCCUCACCUUGUUCUCGGCGGUAUCGCAACAUGUGCCAAAACUCGCUCGUAUCGUUCGCGGCGACGGCGAUGACCUCACCAGGUUUCAUACUCUUGCAAAACGGGUUGAAGCAGCAAAAGGCAGCCCUGCGUUCAUUGCCUUCGCGGUACUCAUACCCGUCCUAGUCUUACUGUCAGGAGUAUUUGCCGGGUUGACGCUGGGGUACAUGAGUUUGGAUGAAACGCAGCUCAACGUGCUCAUUAUGAGUGGGACUCCUGAACAAAAGAAAUAUGCGAAGAAGAUCAUGCCUAUCCGCAAAGAUGGGCAUUUGUUGUUGAUUACCCUGAUCCUUGCAAAUAUGAUCGUCAACGAAACGCUCCCCGUCAUAUCGGACCCUGUUCUCGGCGGCGGCGCGCAAAGUGUCGUGGUUAGCACUGUGCUUAUUGUCAUCUUCUCUGAGAUUAUUCCCCAAUCGUUGUGCACCCGUCAUGGCCUUUACAUUGGUGCCAAGAUGGCGGGGUUUACUAAGGUUCUCAUUUACUUUUUGGGUAUCGUGGCAUGGCCUGUAGCUAAGCUUCUUGAGUUUAUUCUCGGCUCUCAUCACGGCAUCAUAUAUCGCCGAGCUGAAUUGAAGGAGCUUAUUGCUAUGCAUUCCGCCGUUUCUUCUCAUGGAGGUGACCUCAAAUCCGACACUGUUACAAUCAUUGGAGCCACCCUAGAUCUUCAGGAUAAAGUGGUUAGCCAGGCCAUGACACCCAUUGACGAUGUCUUCAUGUUGUCUAUUGACGCUCGCCUCGAUUACGAGCUCCUCAAGAAAAUAUGUUCUACAGGCCAUAGCCGUGUACCAGUAUACGAGGAAAAAGAGAUUGCUAUGGAUUACUCAGGUCGUAAAGAGAAGGUUAAGAAAAUUCUCGGUAUCCUGCUUGUCAAGCACUGCGUGCUUUUGGACCCCCAAGACGCGACUCCAUUGCGUGACUUGCCCCUUAACCGGAUCUUAUUUGUGCCCAACAAUGAGUCUCUUCUCGGCAUCCUCGACAGGUUUCAAGAAGGUCGAACUCAUAUGGCCGUUGUAUCUCGCUACAGUGCCGAGAAGGCUGCGUCAGUGAAGAAGGUUGCCAAACGUACCCUCACACAGCGUUUCCGUGAACGUGUUGGCCUUGAAGAGUCAAGUGACGAAGAGGAAGGUGCAGAGUACACGGAGGAGGCUGAUAACAAAACGUCCAAAGAGAGAGAGGUAACCUUUGUGGAGCCUGGUGUUAAAGAGCACGAUUACGCCCGUGGACCAAGAGGCUCCAACUUCCGUCGCGGCACGCAAAGGGGCGUUGAAAUGGGUGUUAUGAAGGCGACCAAAACUCCUGCAGAACAGUCGAUGCCAGCUGACGCCCUCCUGACUAAGAAAGACGCGGACCAGUUCUUGCAGACCAUCGACGCUGCCCUCAGCCCUCUAGGAAUUAUCACCCUUGAGGACGUACUGGAAGAGCUUAUUGGCGAAGAAAUUUACGAUGAAUUCGACUCCGAAGGAGCAGGUUCUGUGUCAUCUUUCGUCCCGAACCCCGAGGAGCCCAACGUGGCCAAAGAGACUCCCAAAGAGGCCCUCUUCGUCGCGGAACCGAUAGAAAUUCCAUCCAGUCCCAAUGCCGCCUCCCCCGACACUCCCUCGUCUCCGAAUGCAGGUGAUGACACUACGUCCGCCUCUAAAGCUCGGGCCAAGAAAAGGACUUUGAGCGGCGACGCAUCACGCAGUGUGCCCCCGUCCCCGAUUCUCGAAGCCGUCCUUUAUAGCCGUAAACGCGGUCAUGCAGGCAGGCCGCAAUCGUCAUCCCCCCUCACCUCGUCGGAUGGCGCUCCGGUGCCAUGCCUGCCCCCAACGCGGCCUGUUCAUCUCAAAGGGAGCAAGUUUAAGUCCUCUCCCCUGAACACAAGCGCCCUGUCUGUCCAGCCACCUGAGGGCCCGUCAGCCACAACCAAGAAGGAACCUCAAGAAGAGGGCAUGCCCGAAAAAGAAGAGGCGGACGCGCCAGGUCUCAAAGAGGAUGGCACUGGCGACUCAUGACAAUGAUGGCAUGAGGAGUAUCUCCCAUCAAUUGAGUGAGACGCGUACAGUACUUUUUCGUAUACAUCCGCCGUAACUUUAUUAUCUAAUAUACAUAUGGACUGUAAUUGCC